UACUGAAGGAAUAAUGGUAGUGCUAUAAAAAUGGAUCCAAACUAUUUAGUAGUAUCAUUUUGGUUUCUGAAACAAACCUUCAAAACCCAAGAAAGACGAAAAAAGGAGGGUACAACCACCGUACACCAGAAAAAGGGGAAGAGAGAUAAGUCAAUGGCGAGCACGUCUGUUAUGACAGGAGCUUUUGGCUCUGUUUCCCUCACUCCUUCUCCUCUUCAUGCCAAUUCUCUCUCUUCUCUCUCUCACCUUCCCAACAGUUUUAUCUUUUCAAACAACAAUCUCAUAUUCAUCAGAAGCUCAAGGUUAGCCGUCCAUGGCCCAAGAAAACUUGGACCCACCAGGAUUCGACCAAUGUCCGCUUCGUUCGGGUCUCGAUUGGAGGACAGUGUGAAGAAGACAAUCAAUGAUAACCCAGUCGUUGUUUACUCCAAAACAUGGUGUUCGUAUUCCUCUGAGGUGAAGACAUUGUUCAACCGGCUUGGAGUGCAGCCACUCAUAGUCGAAUUGGACCAGUUGGGCCCCCAAGGACCACAACUGCAGAAAGUGCUAGAAAGACUUACUGGGCAACAUACUGUCCCGAAUGUUUUUAUUGGGGGCAAGCACAUCGGUGGUUGUACAGAUACUGUUAAGCUACACCGGAAAGGGGAACUUGAAUCUUUGCUGUCAGAAGCUAGCACCAAAAAGACAGAGAGUUAGCUUGUUUGAUCUUAUUAUCAUCCGUUGAAGGACCUGCUCUCUUCGCUAUAUCGAGAAGAAAAAUUAUUUUUAUUGAUAUUAAUUCAUUCUAAAGUAUCAGAAGUGAUCUUCAUGCUUCUCUCCAAUGUUAUUGUGUAUUGGCUUCAUAAAAAGUUACUGACAGUACACAUCUGUUGCAUGUGAACAUUGGUUUCUUAUUUAUUUGCAUAAGCCUUCAAAUAUGACUCUGAAGAAUGUUGUAUGGAACUGAAUUGUUCUAGGAUGUAGAGAACUGUCAAUUUACUGAUUGAAUGAAUAAGAUUUGCUUCUUAUUUGUUA